CCUUAAACUGAAAUGGCCACAUUCACCUCCAAAAUUGCCUGGACUGCCAACGAUGGCAACCACCGUCGGGGCAGAUCACCAGACAAGGAAAAAGACAACUUUCUGCGGGUGCAGCUGUUCACCAUGGCGCUGAACGGGAUUCGGAAGCACGAAACUGUGUCAAGUCGGAUUUACUUCUACGGCUGUUUCCUCACCAUGCUGAUCAUGGACUUGGCUGGGGUGCACUUUGCCUACCAGAAUGCCGGCGAAAUCUUGCUCGUGUGUGACUGCCUGGGGCCAACCUUCACGUGCUUUUUGGGCGUCGUGAAACAGUACUAUUUGGAUGUCCAUCGCGAGCAACUAUGGUACAUAAUUCAUGAGCUCAGAAAGUUGAAGCAAAACGCGACGGUGAGUGAUAUUGAAAUGAUCGAGAAGAACAACAAAAUAGAUCAAUUUCUGGCAACAGCUUAUUUUGCAUCGUCUAUGGGGACCGGAACAAUUUUUAUCGUGGAAGCCAUUUUAAAAGGAACGUAUAAUUAUUUUAUUCGUAACUGUAUUGAGUGGAAUCUGCCGAUAGCUAUUAGCUUUCCAUUUGACAUAAGUCAUCCGGCAAUUUUUGCCUUCUUUUUCAUAUGGUGCAGUGCUGCCACCUACAUGGUUGUAUUCAGCAGUGUAUCCAGUGACGCCGGUUUCGGUGGAUUGGCUUCCAACUUGGUGGUUCAUUUCAAGAUUCUUCAAAAUAGAUUUAAAGAUCGUCGAUUUGAGGACGACGACCAAUCGCUGGAAGAUCUCAUCGAGUAUCAUACGUUGGUUUUGAAACUUUCACGGCGACUCAUGAGUUCAUUCAGGAUCAUAAUUCUGAACAAUCUACUGGUUGCCUCCGUUUUGCUGUGUGUUUUAGGAUUCGAGAUGGUUGUAUACUUGGGAACUUCGCUGAUGUUGCUCUACAUUACUUAUAUAACCGCAAUAGUAAUUCAGAUCUUUUUCUUCUCAUAUUACGGAUCACAGCUGUUAUACGAGAGUGCCGCAGUUGGUGACGCCAUCUAUUGUAGCAACUGGUACGAAGCAACCCCAAAAACCAGAAAACUAUUGCUGUUUUGCAUCAAGAGAGCGCAAGUUCCGGUUAAUACCAAAGUGGGCAUCAUGGUGGCAUCGCUGCCAACGUUUCGUGCGAUCGUGAAUUCUGCUGGAUCAUAUGUUGCUCUACUUCUGUCCUUUACAGAAGAUUAAAACAGAUUCUGUAUUAAAUCGAUUGAAUUAACAAACUUCAGCAAAUAAAUAAAAGUUUGAAUUACAUUAGGGGAAA